AUGGCAGAAAAUCCAAUUUCUUUACAUAACAUAUCAGCUCCUCACCAAGACGACGAUUUUAAAGGAAUAUUCUCGCACAUUUUUAAUCUUACUGGAGGGAAAAAUCCCUCGGAUUUGAAUUUAAUUUCAAUUAUUCCUUCAGACACAAUUAAUUCAAACGUUGCACAUAUAAUAGAAAGUAACUUUAGAAGUCAUUGGUUUUCAUUUAGAGAAAACCCAUGGGUUACAAUAGAUUUCAAAGAAGUUAGUGUAAAACUUUCAGGAUAUACACUUAAAACAUACUCUGGUGGUGAAAACUAUGGCCACAUGAGAUCUUGGGAUCUUGAAGUAAGUAACGACAACACAAAUUGGAUUAAUAUUCACAGUGUAAGAGAUUCUAAUGAUCUAAAUGCAGACAGCGUUCAUAAAUACUAUGAUGUUACAUCAGAUGACUAUUUUCGUUUUGUUAGACUGAAAAUGUUCGGUCGUAACGGAGCUGGUUCAGAUUUCAUGGUCGUGAGAUGCAUAGAAUUGUUUGGCUCAACAAACUAA